AUGGCGGACGUUGUCAUUGUAGCAUAUUUAUACACAUUUUUAUUUAUAAGUGCUGGUUAUGCAGGCCUCACAGGUUUGGACAAUUUUGAGGAUGACGGCCUUACGAACAUACAAACCCAAGCAGACAAUCUCCUGCUUGAUGACACACUCGAUAAAAAGAUGGUGCACCACCCAAGGAGAAGAAAGUUUCAGAAGAGGUAUAAAUGCCACCAAUGUGAAUCACCAGACUGUGAUGAUUCCACACAACAAGUAUGUGGAUCUGCACUUUAUUGCUUCAAGUCAACUGUCAGAGCAUCUGAUGGUGAACUCCGAUAUAGUAGGGGCUGUUCUACAAGACGAGAUCACUAUCAAUUCACCUGUCAUACAAAUCAACAUUCACAAGGGCCUCGCAAACGUCAUGCUGGCCAGCUGAAUAUUACCUGUUGCCAAGGUGACAUGUGCAAUAAUGGUAGCUUUCCUGAACUGUCACCUGCUGACACUGCAAUUGAACCACUAACUACAAAUACUUGGAAGCUAUGGAUCAGUGUGUUGGCUUCUGUGGUUAUUGUCAGCGUUCUAGCCGUUAUGGCUAUACUUGUAUUAAGGAGGACACACAGAUUGCGAGUGCUUCAAGCAGCUCAGAAGCUAGGAAAAGAUUUUAAUUACUUUUCAAGCAACACCUACAACAUGCCGGUCACCAGUGCAUUUUACGAAGGUAUGGAGGGUUCCACCAAUGCAGUGAGAGCGGUUGCAGCUGGUGACUCCACGCUACGGGAAUACUUAGAGACUUCCAUGAGCAGUGGGUCAGGCUCCGGUCUGCCCUUGAUGGUGCAGAGGACCCUGGCCAAGCAAGUAACGUUAAUCGAGAGGAUAGGAAAGGGUCGCUAUGGCGAAGUAUGGCGUGGCUCGUGGUACGCAGAUAGUGUGGCUGUUAAGAUCUUCUUCUCCCGGGAUGAGGCCAGCUGGAGGAGGGAGACUGAGAUAUAUAGCACUGUCCUGCUUCGACAUGACAAUAUACUCGCUUAUGUUGGAAGUGAUAUGACCAGCCGGAAUAGUUGCACGCAGCUCUGGUUGAUUACUCACUUCCAUCCAUUGGGUUCGUUAUAUGAGCAUUUGAGUCGGACAACUCUAACCCGACAUCAGAUGAUGGUCAUCUGUUUGUCCAUUGUUAAUGGCUUAUUGCAUCUACAUACAGAUAUCCACGGCACACAGGGCAAACCGGCGAUCGCUCACCGUGAUAUAAAAUCGAAGAAUAUCUUAGUAAAAGUCAAUGGGGAGUGUUGUAUCGCUGAUCUAGGGUUGGCAGUCACCAGGCAUCAUGUCUCCGCAGGGUUGAUGCACAAUCCACGCCAAGGAACUAAGAGAUAUAUGAGCCCUGAGAUGUUGGAUCAGAGUAUGAACCUCCAAAGCUUCGAUUGCUACCGCAAAUGCGAUAUAUACGCGUUUGGCCUGGUCCUUUGGGAGGUGGUGAGGCGGGUGUGUCCAGCUGCAGAGCAUCGGCCGCCAUUUUACGAGCUGGUGGGACACGAUCCCAGCUUCGAAGAUAUGAGGAAGAUUGUAUGUGUGGAAGGAGCGAGGCCUGAACCUCCUGUGGAUAGUAAUCCGACAAUGGUCUUCAUGGCGGCCAUAAUGCGGGAAUGUUGGCAUCAGAAUGCGUCGGUUCGACUCCCGGCGUUAAGAAUAAAGAAGACACUACUAAAGUUAGCGGCGAAUGACAACGCGAUACAUUUGGACGAAGAUAAUGAGGUAUCCGUGUAA